GGCAUUUGGCGACAUAACCGCAAUGCAAAUCAAUUGGAUUUUCAACCAACGUGUGUGAGAACUCGUAAUAAGUGGGUCAUCGAAAUUUACAACAAAAUUAAUUUUUGUUUACGAAUCAUAAUUCUGAUUAUAUAAACAAAUGAUUAAAUGUAAAUAAAAUCUCUCCACAAGUUUCAUUCAUUCUAUGUUUAAUAUUUGUUCAUCCAAAACUAUAUAACUUGUGGCAAAUGCUCGAUAUUUGAUUAGUUUUACUGGAAAUAUAUCGUGACGAAAUACAGUUAUCUGCUAUAACAAUGUAUCAGUUUUUAAUUAUUGUGUCUUUGAUUUCCCUAUUUUCAAUAAAUUGUGUUCAUGGCUAUCAAGGGAGUCUUUGCAGACAAAGUGAUAAUGGACAACAGAUUAUUUACAACGGACAAUCUUUGUCAAUGCCAUAUUUUCCAGGAACGACACAGAGUGUGAUACCAUAUGGCUAUGCCAGAACAAUUGUUGGAAGAAAUGUUCCAACAAAUCCUGUAAUUAAUGGUCAACCUCAAUUCUUAUACCCCGGGAUGCAACCAGAUAUCUAUGCGCCACAAUAUGGAUAUAAACCUGGAUUUAAUCUUGCAUCUGGAUUCAAUCCUGCAAACAAUGGACAAUCCUUAUUGCUUUCAGCAUUGCAACAACCAAUGCCAAAUGCGAAUCUAAAUCAGCAACAAUCAAUAUCAAAUAUAAGAUAUCCCACUCAAUAUGAAUACAUUCCCACUAAUAUGAAUCAAAAUCAAGUUCCAAUAUAUAAUAAUCAAGUUCCAAUUUAUAAUAAUCAAGUUCCGAUCCAUAACCAGCAAGUUCCGAUAUAUUACAAUCCAUAUCCCGGCUUACAAUCGCAACAACCGUUAAAGCGAUCAAUUGAUGUAAUCCCCAUGGAACAAGCAUAUAAUCCAUGGUCGCUAACGGAUGAUGGUCAAACAGGAAAUAUUUUGCAAAAUGUUAUGGAAUUGAAUAAUAACAACAAUAAUAAUAAUACAAGCCAAGGUGAUGAAAAUGAGGCCGUGGCCGCCGCAAGUGAAAAUGGAAAUGCAGUACAUUUGGAAUACUUUCCUAUUUCCGAACCACUAGAUUUUUCUGGUUUCAAGAACUUUUCACUCACCGAUUUGUUUCUAGACAAAGGCAUUUCAUUCGAAAGUGAUAUAUUUAACAUUUGCGCAAGAUGUGAAGAAGCUGCAACAAAAUGCGAAAUAACUGAUAAACCAAAAGAUGAGAACAAAAUUGAUCGUACGAGAGUUUGUAAAACAUCAGCACAUAUUUUAUCGUCAAUAUCAAAGGAAAUACCAAAUCCAAAUCAUACAAAAGAAAAUUCCAUGCAUACCGUGGUACUGGCGUAGCAAAAUUGUUAGCAUAAUAUUAAGUACCUAAUUUUGUAAUAUUUUUAAUAU